AUGGCGGCAGCGGCUGCCUCUGCUGAGAGCAACAUAUAUCUUCCUCAAGCCACCCAGCCUUCCAUUACCAACGAAGUUCAUCCUUGUCCCCAGGAUGAACCCCCUAUAUCAAAGCACCUAACAAGAUCUGUGACACGUACCGAGGGAAGUGAACUAGACUGCCACCAUUUUACUUCCACUAAACUGGAUGCAGAUCUGAUUAGACAUGAAAUGUACAAUUCUAAACAACUCUCGGAAACACUUGCCUUGUCAAACGCAUCAUGCAGCAGUUCUUCUUCAUUCGUAGCAAUAUCUGCCGCCAGUUCAAUUGCUCAACAUCUUGCCACAGAACCUAAUAUACUUCCAAAGGAUACUAAUCAGACCGAUGUAAAUGACGAAAUCGCUAUCGAGGAGGCUCUUGGCGCUGACGUCAGUAGUCAUGGAGAUACAGACUAUCUACUUGGUGGAGAACUUGAAGAUGUGGAUGUUGAAACAGACUGCCAGACGUCCCUACACUCAGCUGCAGAGGAAGUUGACACAGGUUCAUUAAAGUCUUUGCUCAAGGGUCCCAGCGAAAAGGAGCUUGGCCUAUUUGUAACAAAGUUCACUACUGUCGACUUGUCUGAGGACAAAGAACAAGGGUCCAUUGAAGGAGAAGGGGCUCUGUUGAAAAAGAGGUGUGUUGAAUAUGCAGUCUUCCAACGUGAAUGUGAGUCAUUCAACACAAACCUCAUCGUCUCUGAAGAACAUUACAGUAUCAUCGAAAGCCUGGAAGGCCAGCUUGCUUCGCAUGUGAGAAGGCAAAGCUCAGCCUUGACUAAUGAAAUAACGAAAAAAAUGAACACUCCAACUACAGAUGAUUAA